UGCGUGUGGAUUGUGAGAGCCUGCAGCCUGGUUAUAUACGCUGGUCGCUCAAGUCCCUUGUGCAGUCUGCAGACAGCAGCAACUAAUUGUAGCUAAGCCCCAGAUAAACUCAGCGACGAGGAGCUACAGCCAGGAGCUGCAGAUCGAUGGCGAUGGAGAACCUGCCGUGGUGGCCGCUGUCGGCGUGGGUGAGCCCCGGCGCGGCGCUGUUCCUGCUGUGCAACGUGCUCAUCGGCGCCAUCGUGGUCACGUCCCGCGGGGAUCAGGGCGGCCGCGCGGCGGCGUCCACGCGGAGGCUCUGCCGCAGCGCGUCGUCCAUGGUCCUCGAGCGGCUCCGGUCCUUCUCCAUGUUCUCCGUCCACCCCGUCCCCUUCGAAGAGGGCUACGACCACCCGUCCAUGGAACUGGAAGCUGAGGAGCAGCGGCAGCAGCCUCAACCGGCCGUCGCGGAACCAGGGACCCCCGCGGCGUCAGCGAGCGCGCCCGCCGUCGCAGCAGCAUCUGCAACGUCGUCCAAGAGCGCUACCGCUGAGGAAGUGGCUGGAGCCGGGAAGGACAAGCCCGUCUUCUCCGAGGAGGCUCAAGGGCCGGCAUGGCAAUCGUCGUCGCCACCAGCUGCUGUCACCGCUGCCGCCGAGGCAACUGCGGCGGCGGAGCGACCGGAGACGGUGGCGGAGUCAAUCAUGCAGCGCGCACGAGCGUGCCGGCGGGAAGUGGAGGAAGCACUGGAGGGGAGAGCGGCGCUGAACGCGCGGGCGGAGCUGUUCAUUCGGCAGUUCCGAGAGGACCUCAAGCUGCAGCGCCUCAACUCCAUCAUCAACUACACCCGCGCCCUCCGUCGCGGUGCUGGAGCACCGGCGGCCGGGCAGUAGCUCCCACGCAGGUUGCUGCAGCUACCUGGGCGACUUUGGUUUGUUCGUGUAGAGAACUUGAUUUUGUUUGCUCACAUGAGUGAGAGAACACAUUUUUGAAUUCGAUCGUGUCUUUAUAGCAAUAUUUGCCUUACUUGUAUGUGCGUAAGGCUAUUACCAAUUGGAAUUUUAUCGGAGAUUUUAUUUUCAUUUAA